AUGAAUCCGCUCCGAUCUAUAUCAUCCUCAGCCUCCUCCUCUCUCCGAGCCAGUCUGCGAUCUCAUCUCGCUCCUUCUCCUAUAGCAUCUGUCAGAUGUAGCCCUUCAGCAAGUCGGAUAAUACUGCAGAGAAGAGGAUACGCAGAUGCUCCACCCGCUCCUAAUCCUUCGAAAGAAUCCCCAUUACAGCCUGAGAUUGAUAGGCAGAGGAAAUUGAGGGAUCAAGCGAAUGUAGGGCCAUUCACAUGGAAAGCCGCCGCUCUCUUCAUCGCAACGGGUGUAGGCCUCUAUCUAUAUUUCGAAUCUGAAAAAGCUGCUGUGCUCGAACGUCGUCGUCAGGAACUCUCAUCCAAAUCAAUUGGUAAACCUCAAAUCGGUGGUCCGUUCACUUUAGAUAGACAUGAUGGAGGUAAUUUCACCGAGAAGGACCUGUUGGGUAAAUGGACAUUGAUUUAUUUCGGUUUCACACAUUGUCCUGAUAUCUGUCCUGAGGAAUUGGAUAAAAUGGGUGAAGCGAUCGAUAUAGUCGAUAAGAAAACUGGCCACUAUGGGAAGAUGGAUCAGGGGGUUAUGCCGGUAUUUAUAAGUGUUGAUCCUGCUAGAGAUACUAUCCCUCAAAUCAAGAAAUAUGUUAAAGAAUUCCACCCACGUAUGGUAGGAUUAGUAGGUGACUACGAAGCAGUCAAGAAAACAUGUAAGAUGUAUAGAGUGUACUUCUCUACUCCUCCUGAUGCAACUGCAUCGGAUGAUUACCUUGUUGAUCAUUCUAUCUUCUUCUAUCUUAUGGAUCCUCUCGGUCAAUUCGUCGAUGCUUUCGGAAAAGCCACGACCGCCGAACAAGUAGCAGAGAAGGUAUUGGACAGUAUGAAGAAAUGGGAUGAUGCUGGUGGGAAUGCCGCUGCGGGGGUAUAA